UAAAGUUGUGUGGGUUCUACUUAACUCUGAAUUCUAUGCGGUUUCUGGCUUCUCAGAGUUGGGGGAAUGUUACUGUAGUUUCGGAGCCAGCUGACAGCAGAGGCCCGGCAAGAACCCUGCAUUCCUGAGUAGCCCACGGCCGGCUCUGAUAUCUUGGAGUCAAGAGACGGAGGCGUCGCUUGGCCAGGGAAGAAAAUUGCGGAUCUGGGGCUCAGAGGAAGAAGGAGGAAUCGGGUCCUGGGGUGGGAGAGCGGGGAGCGGGGGAAAAAUGAUCAUUACUGCUCUUACAGAAGAAGGAGCAGAAGGUGGAUCCUAGAAAGACAGUACCACAUUCUCCAAACUAUUCCGAAGACAUCUGAUUUCUAGCUCCCUGCUAUACUGUGGCCUGAGACAGUUCAGUAUUUUUAUUUUCACUGAGCGUAAAACUGGAAAUGUUAAUUAACCAGGAAUGUAUUGCUUGAGGCCUUUCAUCUGUAGCUUUAUUAAUUGAAAGUAACAUUAUUUAAGUGUAAUGUAGUUUACAUUUUUGCUCACAGAGAAAAAUAAGCUGUAUUUUAAAAGCAAAACAAAGGGUACUUGUGGCAACUUUUUACCUUUACCUUAACCCUUGGCCACUGUUUUUCGCUAAGAUGAGCGUCCACCCUUCCUCCUUUUCUUUUGACACUGAGCGGCGAGUCCAGAGCACAUUGAAGAAGGUCUUUGGGUUUGAAUCUUUUAAGACGUCUUUGCAGGAGAGUGCGACCAUGGCUGUAGUAAAAGGUGACAAGGAUGUCUUUGUGUGUAUGCCCACAGGGGCAGGAAAAUCCCUCUGUUAUCAGCUCCCUGCACUGCUGGCAAAAGGCAUCACCCUUGUUGUCUCUCCUCUCAUUGCUUUGAUUCAGGACCAAGUAGACCACUUGCUGACCCUGAAGGUACAAGUGAGUUCUCUGAACUCAAAGCUCUCGGCGCAGGAAAGGAAGGAGCUGAUCUCUGACCUGGAGCGAGAAAAGCCCCAGACCAGGCUUCUGUACAUUACCCCAGAGAUGGCGGCGUCAGCCUCCUUUCAGCCUACCCUGAACUCCUUGGUAUCCCGCCACCUGCUCUCUUACUUGGUGGUGGAUGAAGCUCAUUGUGUUUCCCAGUGGGGGCAUGACUUCCGUCCUGACUACUUGCGUCUGGGCACCCUGCGCUCGCGCCUGGGACAUACCCCAUGUGUGGCUCUGACUGCCACAGCCACCCCACAGGUACAAGAGGAUGUGUUUGCUGCCCUGCACCUGAAGCAACCAGUUGCCACCUUCAAGACUCCCUGCUUUCGGGCCAACCUCUUCUAUGAUGUGCAGUUCAAGGAACUGAUUUCUGAUCUCUAUGGGAACCUGAGAGACUUCUGCCUUAAGGCUCUUGGACAGAAGACAGAUAAACGGCUGUCUGGCUGUGGCAUUGUCUACUGCAGGACCAGAGAGGCUUGCGAACAGCUGGCCAUAGAGCUCAGUUGCAGGGGUGUGAACGCCAAGGCUUACCAUGCAGGGCUGAAGGCUUCUGAAAGAACACUGGUGCAGAAUGAGUGGAUGGAGGAGAAGAUCCCGGUAAUUGUUGCAACCAUCAGUUUUGGGAUGGGAGUGGAUAAAGCCAAUGUCAGGUUUGUUGCCCACUGGAAUAUUGCCAAGUCUAUGGCUGGAUACUACCAGGAGUCUGGCCGAGCUGGCAGGGAUGGAAAGCCUUCCUGGUGCCGUCUCUAUUACUCCAGGAAUGACCGGGAUCAAGUCCGCUUCCUGAUCAGGAAGGAAGUAGCAAAACUCCAGGAAAAGAGAGGGAACAAAGCAUCUGAUAAAGCCACUCUCUUAGCCUUCGAUGCCCUGGUGACUUUCUGUGAAGAAUUGGGAUGCCGGCACGCUGCCAUUGCCAAGUACUUUGGAGAUGCACCACCUACCUGCACGAGAGGCUGUGACCACUGCCAGAACCCUUUGGCUGUGCGGAGGCAGCUGGAUGCCUUGGAACGCAGCAGUAGCUGGAGCAAGACUUGCAUCGGGCCCUCCCAGGGGAAUGGCUUCGACCCUGAGCUGUAUGAGGGAGGCCGCAGGGGAUACGGAGGCUUUAGCAGGUACGAUGAGGGCUCUGGAGGCAGCGGGGAUGAGAGCAGAGAUGAGGCCCACAAGAAAGAAUGGAAUCUCUUCUAUCAGAAACAGAUGAGGCUGCGCAAGGGCAAAGACCCCAAAAUAGAAGAAUUCAUACCCCCAGAUGAGGACUGUCCCCUGAAAGAGGCUUCCAGCAGGAGGAUUCCCAGGCUCACUGUGAAGGGCCGAGAGCACUGCCUGCAGCUUCUGGAGGAGGCUCUGAGCAGUAACCACCAGGCCACAUGUACCACUGAUGGAGCUGACCUUCAGGCCAAGGCUGUGGAGCUGGAAUAUGAGACGUUCCGAAAUGCCAAGGUGGCCAACCUGUAUAAGGCCAGUGUGCUGAAGAAGGUGGCUGAGAUACACAAAGCCUCCAAAGAUGGGCAUCCCUAUGACAUGGGAGCUGGUGCCAAGAGCUGCAGUGCCCAGGCGGAUCCCCUGGAGCGUGAUGAGUAUGACAUCCCACCAGCUUCCCAUGUGUACUCGCUCAAACCCAAGCGGGUGGGAGCUGGUUUCCCCAAAGGCUCCUGCACAUUCCAGACGGCCAUGGAGCUGAUGGAGACCUCACAGAUCCAAGAGCAAGCCCCCCAGCCCAUGAAAGGAGAUGAGCAGGAGACCCCUAGCCAGCCCUGUGGCCUUGAGGACGAGAACAGGAGUGCGCCCCUCCCUGGGCCCAGCAGAGAGGCCCCUGGAGAUAGUGCUCAAUGGGAGGGACCCUCCUCUGAGAAGGCGAGAUGCUUCUCUGGGGGCAGUUCCACUGCCAAGGCCCGGGCUAAGAAGAAACAGCAGCUCCUGGCCACAGCGGCCCACAAAGAUUCCCAGAACAUCACCCGCUUCUUCUACCAAAGGGUGGAAAGCCCACCUUGGUUUGCUUCUGCCCUAAAGGCAAAAGGUGCCAGCCCUUCCUGUGAAGGGGCUCAGGAACCCCCAAUGGCUCCAGAGAAUGAAGAUGGAGCCCAGGGAUGUUUGAAUGCCCCUCCCCAGACUGAGGAGUGCCUCAUAGAGCAACUAUGCACCUAUCCACUCAGAGAUCAGAGCCUUCCUGGAACCCAGCCUACCCCCACAAAGGAGACACACUUGAGCAAGCGACCCAGAUCCUGGCAGGAAAAUCCAGAGAGCCAGGCUCAGAAGAGGCCUCGCCCCUCAGCCAAGCCCUCCAUCUUGGCUGAGGUCAAGGGCAGCACGUUGGCCAGUGAUGAAGGCACCUUAAACCCUAUGGCCCAAGACCCCUGCCAGCUCUCAGCUCCUGGUAUCUCCCUGAAGGAGGCUGCAAAUGUUGUGGUCAAGUGUCUGUCUCCCUUCUAUAAGGAGGGCAAAUUUGCAUCCAAGGAAUUGUUUAAAGGCUUCGCCCGCUACCUCUCACACCUGCUGGCUCAGAAGAUCUCUCCUGGAACAAGCGUGAAAGAUGCAGCCCAGAACCUCAUCAAGCACUUUUUCCAUGGCCGUGCCCGGUGUGAGAGUGAAGCUGACUGGCACGGCCUGAGCGUUCCACAGAGAUGACCACCUGCUAGCUGGGCAGGGUCCAUGCCCUCCUACAGACUCCACUGUAGGCCAUCCUGGAUCUGAAGAUGCCAGAACCAUCGUCUUUUCUCAGGGUUCGUUCAUCUUCUAACCACACCUUGCUUUGGCCCCAGACACCUCCCAAAUCAAGGUCAGCUCAUCUUUUCUGCGCCAGAUGCCCAGUAUAGAAGGUGCCAGGUGGUGUGGCUGCUGCCAACAGAAGAAGGAAUGCUCAUUUACAUCUUGUAUUUAACAAGUUUUAAGCCAGGGACACAGCCCACCUUGCCACAGUAUUGGGACCUACUCAGGGGAGCCCCCUUCAGCCCUGAAGAUGU